UCGAGAAAAAAAAAUGUAAACAGCAAUAGUAUCUUUCUUCUUUUUUUUGUCACUUUCUUCUUGAUGAACUGAAUCGAAUAUAUUGUGAAAAUUUCUUUAAACAAAAUUUUUAAAAUGGCAAGUCGUGGCAGUAUAUCUGACGAGAUGGUUUCGGGUGGAGAUAAACUACCUAUAAAGACAGAACUAGAUGAAAUUGAGGAAUUUCAUAUAAAAUCCGAAGUGGGUAGAUCGCAUGUGGUCAAGGGAAUUUCUUCUCAAACUGAGGUUUUUAACUGCAUAACUGGUCUUUACGAGCAAAUUCUGACGAGACUAAGCGAUAUGAGAAACAAUCAACGUAAGGCUCAACUGCUUGCUUGCAGCAGACAGUUUAACAGUAUUAUGGGCUCAAUUUUGAAGAAGAUUGACGACUACGAAGCCAAUUUUGGGUACAGCCAAGAUAACACUCGCCAAGAACCAAUGGCAAUAGGAUCAUUAGCAUGGUACGAAAUGUUUGUGGGCUUCUUGCUUGAGCACCAAAGAAUUUUAAUGGAAGAAAAUAAGGCAAAUGUUCUCGACGGCAAUGCAGUCUCACGCCAAUUCAUUCGGAACUUGAAUUUAUUGGAUAAGUUCAGAGCAAAGGGCAGAUCACGUUUUCUCAACGAUAUAUAGAAUUUCGAUUCGAAUAAAUGUGAAAAAGAAUUUCGUUUAAAAAUAGGUAUAUUUCAUUAUACGCUUUUGAAAAAACGCACAAAAUUCGAUUUUUAUCUAUAUCAGCAGUUUUAUUUGAUAGAAAUUUUUAUAUUAUUUAGUGCUUGAAAAUAAUUUCUGGCAUAUGACCUCCGCAGGGUGACGCAAGGGGUGCUUGCGUCGGCCUUGCGUUAACAGCAUGGUUGACACAAGGAUUGAACUCGAAUCCCUCUUUUCCUACUACUCUUAAGGUUAUUAUGUUUGCGAUUAAUUAAAAAAACACUCCUUUAUUAUUAGUUUCGUAAUUGAGAAAUGAUUGUGUUUUAAUUGGACGAUUGCUCUAUUUAUUGGGUGUAUAAAUUAAUUUUUAUUGUUUUUUUGGUGAAAGGAAACAUUUAUUUAAAAAUAAUAAGAAUGAGUACAUUAACCAAUUUACUGCCUAUCGUUAGCUAUGACUUCGGCUCAUCUUCUUGGCAGCUUGUUGAUUCCGCGUCGAAAGAAUUCCUCAUCUUUUCCAGCUAUCCAUUGAUCGAUCCAUUUUCGCACUCCUUCAGCAUUUCUAAACGAUAUCUCAGACAAGCCCAUUUGCAUCGAGCGGAACAAGUGAUAAUCAGAAGGAGCAAGGUCUGGAGAGCACGCAGGAUGAUCAAGCUGAUCCCAACCGAGGUCUUCUAUCUUUUGUUUCACGAUGUGUGCCCGAUGUGGCCUAGCAUUGUCGUCGUGAAACAAAACUUUGUGGUUUUUUCUCGCUACUAACGGUCGUUUUUCGUUCAAUGCACGUGCCAAUCUGUUCAAUUGUUGUCGAUGGCGAUCAGCUGUAACCGUUUCACCUUGUUUUAGCAGCUCAUAAUACACUACUCCUUUCUGAUCCCACCAGAUGCACAACAUGACCUUCUGGCAAUGAAUGUCUCGUUUUGGCUGCGACGGUCCUGGUUGGCCUGGAUCAACAUACGCUCCUUUACGUUUGGGGUUAUCAUAAUAGACCCACUUUUCAUCGCCAGUAACAAUUCGACUCAGAAAACUAUGUUUUUUGUGCUCGGCAAGAUGCUGUUUGCAUGCUGUGAUUCGUGCUCUAAAUUGAUUUUCAUUCAGUUGAUGUGGUACCCAUUUUCCUAGCUUUCGAAUUUUUCCCAUUGCAUGCAAGCGCAUGGAAAUGGUUGCUUGGGUCACAUUUAACUCCAAUGCAAGUUCUUUUUGCGUUCGGGCCGAGUUUUCAUCUAAUAAUGCUUGCAAUUCCUCAUCUUCAAACUUUUUUGGUUGACCUGGCCGUUCUUUGUCUUUCAAAUCAAAAUCACCACUUUUAAAUCGUUGAAACCAUUUUCUACAGCUAUCUUCCGACGGUGCUUGUUUGCCAUAAGUGCUACGCAGCAGCCGAUGUGCUUCAGCGGCACUUUCCUUGAUAUCAAAUAACAGAAGUAGCGCUGCACGAAAAAAUUCCUUACUACGAUUCAUUUUAGAUCGAUUCAAAAACAAUGGUACUGUAUGAAAAAUAAACCUUUCCGAUCUGAAUUAGAUUGACAAAUGUCAUAUGUACAAAAUUCAAUUGGAUUCACCUUCAUUCAAGUCUAAGUGGCGACAGCUAGAUGUUGUCAAUAAAAAUUAAUUUAUACACCCAAUAGUACUUAUAAGUUACGCGGUGGAAAUGUCGUCAGUCAUCAAAAGACCUGAAAUAUGAAACAAAAAUUAGUUUAGUGAUAAUGUGCUUCUUUUCCAAAUCGAGAGAACUGCUUAGUAAUAAGCAUGCAAUGUCUAUCGUAUUGUUUAAAGGCAAAAUCAGUCAAUAAUAGAUAAAUGAAAACCCAAAUUUUCGCUUUCAUAAAAAUUAUGAUUGUGCGAUAGUUGUUACUUAUGAAUAUCUGGAUACAGUUCUAUUGUAUGACAACAUCAAUAUAAAUCAAUAAAGAUAUCAUCAGGCGCUGAAAUCGAGUUAAAACAAUAGAAGUGAUUGUUAUGGCUAUAAUUUCACAAACAUUGCUACAAUCACUAUAACAAUCACUUUUAUUGUUUUCCAUCCAUCUUAGCUCCUGACGAUAUCUGGCUGAGCUGAAAAUAUCUCAAUAUAAUGUCUGGUUUUUACUUCUACUAUAUUCAAGUGACAUAAAUAAAUUGCUUGUAAGUUUUUUUUUAAUCUCAGGCAUGUAUCUUA